CGCGUACCUCGCCAAUCAACAGAUAACUGACCAUGUCCGCCCCGAUCACCGAAUCGACUCGUCCGGAAGAGCGCCACGACGCGCCCGUGUCCGCCGCCUCGCCGACAGCCGAGACGUCGGCCGUCCUCUCGUCCAUGCCGGAGACGGAGCACGCCGUCGACGCCGACGCCGAGCCGGCGCCGAGCUCGGCCCGGCGCAGCUCCCAAGACCCAAUGUGGCGCAAGGUGCUCCGCCGGCCGUCGCUCGACCCGGCCAGCGUCGACCACCUAGUCAGCAAGGGCUACGACAAGGGCAACGUCAAGGACGCGCUGCGCAAGCACGACGGCGACGUGGCUGCGAGCGAGAAGAAGCUCGCGUACCUCAAGCAUCUGCGCAUGCACUGGACCGGCCACCCCGACGCGGGGUGCGAGCACUGCGCUAAUGAUGCGCGUGCGGACAGGAGGCCUAGUAUGGGCUAG